UCGCCAGCCUGAAGCACAGCCACGUCGCUCGCUGCUGGGCAUUAGCAAGCAACACCAACACCACGAUCACAUUCGACACGAACGUCAGUCACUUGCGGAGUGACAUGUGCGGGCAUCAUUGCUGGAGGUAGCCCUUUUGCCGCUUCAAAUCCUCCCUUUCAGACCACGAACCCUUCGCCCCGGCCGACCCGAUCGACAGAUCACGACAUCGCAUUGCAAUCCCCAAUCUCGAAUCCACGCCCUCCGAGCAACAUGGCGUACAUUCUUUUGCCACUUUCUCUUUUCCUCCUCAUCACUGUCACAAUCCUCUUCUUCACAAGGGCAUACUGGAGUCACCACGUUUCCGACCUCCCCAUCCCGGGCCGCGAGUACCUCUACUCCCGCCUUCCAUCAUCCUUUACCGGCGACAUUGAGGCCGGUCUCUCGAGCAGUACUUUUGAUCUCAGCACCAACGUUGAGGCGGGCGACAGUCGCGCCGGGCUCGACAAUGCAAGCAAGAAGGAGAUCCUCAAGAUUAUGAAGAAGCGACGCAUGAACUUUGACCAGGCGCGGGGCGUCUACAUGCAGAACCGCUUCAAGGCGAACGGCAUCGGUCCCGACGGUCGUCCGCUUGAUCCCAAGGCCGUGACUUUCAGUUAAUGGACGGGCGGCGAUUAUCACGACUGAUCUCCUCAGAAGGAAUCUUCAGAUGUCAGGGGCUGAGAUAUGUCAGCCCCACGAACGAACGUGCGAGCAACGAACCAGUGAGCGGUCCCACAUCCUGGGCCCAGCAGUAAUACGAGUGAUGGUCUUCAUUGAGAGCGGCUCAUCGAGGAGGCUUUCAGCAACUUUGGCGUAUUUGUCUUGACAGACCAACUAUUUCUCUUUGUCGGGGUGUCUGUGGGGGUUUCCCCACAAGUGCAUGCGUACAGGCUUAUAUGCAGAUUUUUAAACAUACUCUCCUAGAGCUGUCAA